AUGGUAGUUCCCACUCUUAUUGGCGAGCGGUAUCAGUUAGCCAACCCCACUAGGAUCCCACCGCUACCCUUGCCCUUACUGAAAGGACCUGUUGGGCUCCUGUGUCCAGAGUGUUCUAUUCCAAUGAUUUACAAGACAGCACUUACAGAUUCCUGGCGCAUUGCGUGCCCAAGUCAAAAUUACAAAAAUGAUCAUAACUGGCGAACUUGGCGGUGCGAUCAGCUUAAUCAUGAGAUCGCUCUUAUCAACCUUGGCGUUGCUCGGCCAAUCAUCUCGUUUGAAUCCGACUGGGGCCCACGAGUUUCCCCAGAUGGCCAAGUCCUCGAGAUCCGCCCAACGCCAACACCUGGGAUUCAUCAUCAUCCCUUCCUAGGCCGCCUGGAACAGUCAGCUGGAAUGCCACCUACCAAUACGACCGAUUCAAACAGCACACAGUCCUCCCGGCCCCCAACAACCCUCCAAUGUAAAAGGAUCAAUGAAGGUCAGGUAUCCCAAAACCAUAAGAUGGCGGCCAACAAAGAGUGCCCACAUCAAUACUGCCGUGGUGUACAUAUUAUUUCGGCUGUAUUAUUUUGUAUUUGUGGUUUACAACAUACUGACUUAUGUUGUUUGAAGUGCUGCAUUGCAUAUGGGUCAGGAAUUUGCCGCAAACACCCUCGUGCUUCUGGUUCGGGCAAUGUCACGGCUCAGCACACGAACAAUCUGGGGUUGAUCGAUAGAAGCAAUGCCUUGCUUGACGUUGGAAGCUCGCGCACCAAGGCCUCAGCUUCGGCUCCUCAUCAGUGGGCUCAAUCGGCCAACUCACUUGGCCGUCGUGUCCCCAAAGAUUUCUUGGCUGUGAUCCAAAAGAAUCGGAUUGAACGAGAAGCUGCUGCUGCACAGAAGAAUUCCUCCUUCAUCGACGAGACAAAGCUUGUGACUGUGCAAUUGUGGCUCAAUGAUGUUGAACCAAAGGUCAUCACUGCGUUGUUUCCAAAUUGGCCACAAGCACGUCUGGAUGAAAGUGAACUCUUGAUGCAAGCUGUUUUGGAUGUACUUGGUCAACAGUGGAACCAAGCGUUGAGUUUUUGGGACAAGAAAAUCAGUGCUUGGCAUGACACCCUUGUGAGUUACCCUCAAAGAUUCCGACAUGGCCAACGUACCAUUAUUGCUCGUCUGCAGACCGUGACCGUGCCAGCGACUGUGAUGAAUAAUCACAAGGAAUCCAAAAAGUCCUUCCCGAACAACCCACCUCCUUCAGCUUUUCUAUCUAAGUCGGAGCUCCCCGCGGUAUGCAACAUGCCCUCAUCACCGCACUUUUCCCCCGACCGGUCCCAGGUGGCUUCCACCAAUGACGACGAAAGAUCACCUACACCAAUCACCAAACGCCGACGUCUCUCAUCUCUUCCUCCAACAAAUUCGAUUGUGGAUUUCUUGACUUCACUCAAUGGUGUUGGUCCAAGUUCUUUGGAAGCCAGUGCCAAAGUGGGCGAGGUGGAAAGGCAGAAAGAUACCAGUUUGAAAGCCGGUUUGACAACAGCAUCAAGUCGCUCUAAUACAUCAGCAUCUGUCGCAUCUGUCGCCAAAGUCCCCAAGCUCAAAACUGGCUGGCCAUCCCCUGUUCUUGUUUCCAGCCUGCUUGCCUGGUGGCAGGAAACCACACCACAUAAUGUCAAGAGGAAAUGGUUGGAACACUUUGGCGAAGAAUGGGAGUUAGUUCUCCCAACCAUGUAUAGAUAUCGCCAAUUUGUGGGCAUGGUUGGACACGAAACCAUGCUAGAUAAGUACCGUACUCAACCAAAUGCCAUAGUAGCUGACGCUCGUGACUUCUACCUGGACAUCUUCAACAAAGUGGCAUGUGUUGUCAAGGGCAAGAAGGAAACCGGUGUCUUGAACAAAUAG